AUUAUAAACAAUAUUAAUAAAUUAUAAAAUUUUGUAUUUUAUUUCAAUAUGUAUAAUUUAAGAAAAAACUAAAAAGCUUCUAACUGGAGGUUGGCUAUCUGUGGCUAUAGCCUACAAUUAUAAAUCAUCUUGAUGAUGGCUAGACAGUGGACAUAAUAAUAUUAAUAAUAGGGAAUGCUUAUCACUCAACCAAAUUUUCUUAUUGAUAACAUCGUGUUGAUAAUAUCACAAAAUAGAUUAAAUUUCAUCUAUUCAGAGAUAAAAAUAACUAACGAGCACAUUUGGUUAGUUGUUACUCUCUUAUUAUUAGUCACUUAUUGAUUUUAAAAUUUAAAUUAAACUGCCAAUUAGAAUUAUUUUAUAACUGCAGUUAUGUACUAUUACUAUAAAUAAAAAUAUGAUUUUAAAAAACAAUGUUUGGAUGUUGUCUCGGUCAUUUUUCAAAUGGACCUGGCGCAAACGACGGUAUUGUUCUGCAACAGCGAAUUCACUAAAAGAACCAAACGUAAAUGAAACAUUAAGUUCUUUUAAGAAAUUCAAGUAUCCGGAGAGCAUGUUCGUGUCCUGUAAUGAUGUAGCAAAAGAUAUAUCAGACACAAUAUCUAUACACUUGACCAAAAAAUAUGGUAAUAAACAAAUUGAAAUAAUUGAAGCCAACCCUGGUCCCUGUUUAAUCACACAGAAUUUAUUAAAUAAAACCAAUUACAAUAUAUGUGUAUAUGAAAGUAGUUAUAAUGUGUUCAAAAAAUUCUUAAUGGCAGUUCAUUCAAUUCACGGUGACAGAAUUAAAAUUAACCCUGGAAAUUUUCUCUUGCUUUGGAAAUUUGGGUAUCAAGAUCGAUUAGAUCGAGGAGACAGAGUCUCAAAAUUUUUAUCAAGUGCUGGUAUACCACAACAACCAUGGAAUCAAGAAAAUCCAUCACUUAAAAUAAUUGCUUCGUUACCAAAUAAGAAGUUCUUAAAUUAUUUGAUUUAUAGUUUUAUAUUUCAAACUGGAUUGAUGGUUUAUGGUCGACCAGAAUUUUAUUUUUUACUUUCACCAUCAGUAUUUAAAAGGUAUUCUUGUGAACCAAUUAUUGAUAAAAUGUACUAUAAAACACAAACAAUUCUAUUUCAAACUAUCUUUGAUAUAGAAUUAAUAAAAACUUAUCCAAGAAAAGCAUUUUAUCCACCACAUAUUUCAAAAUCUGCUAGUAAAAAUGUGCGUUUUAAAGAGUUGAAAGAAGCAGACGAUAAGUAUAUGAUCUUAGCAAAAGUCGUAGGUCGUCGAGAUAUUUUAAAUAACGAAGGUUUAACAGAAGAUUUAUUAAAACCAUAUUGGUACUUUGUCAAGCAUCAUACACUAAGUCGUAAGAAUUUUGUAAUACCAAUGUUAGAGCAGUGGAUUCCGGGUUGUGGACCUCAUUUUAUAGCUCAAGGAUACACAAUAUUUACACAGUUUGGUGAUCUAACACCUCCUCAAAUUUUACGAUUAUUCUUAAAAUUUAUUAGUUUACCAGAAUAUAAUGAUUCACCAUUUCUAAACUCAAUGGAAAGUAGAAUUGCUAAAUUAUUACCUUCAUUACAAAUUACAUCUGAAGACUCUAUUAUUGAACAAUCUGAAAGGAACUCUUCUAUAGACAUUGAAGAGUUUAAUAACAAGGACAAUUAAUUUAUGAGUAAAUAAGACUGAAUUUAAAAUAAUGAUGUUAUUAUAUUAAUAUUAUAAAUUAUAAUGUAUUUGUCAGAUUGUGUAUUUUAUUAUAUUUGUAUUGAUUUUUUUUAAAUUAAAAACAAAGUAAAUGUAUUUAAUGAUUUGUUUUAUA